UCUUUUCGUAAAGUGUCUGCGGUAUAUACUACUGUUAUGUAUUAUUAUAAGCAACAGUAGCUGAAAAAAACGACCACUUACAUACCAUACACUCUUUAAAUGGAGGUGAACAGAUAUAUACACCGAAAUAAUACAACUGAUCUAUUGCGCUAUAUGCUGCUAUCAGAUAGACAACCAGUAUCAACUAAGCUUAAAAAUACAUUGGAGUUAUGAUAUCUCGAAGAUUCUUAGAGGAGUGAACAGUGCGGUGCAAAAAGCUGGAAUUUGUAUUAUGAACAGUGGGACCAACACUCUUCCUAUUUUUUUUUUGUUCUCAAGACACUUUAUUAUAUAUGACGACGAUUGCACCAUUAAUCAGCCGCGAUCUUACAUUUACCCCUUACAGCAUUCAAUGGAUACCCACUUCAGUACGGAUUUGUGCUGUCGGCGCUACCGGUCGCGGUACAGGUUCCAUUGCUGUAUAUGAACUACAGAACAAAAUGCUCACUUUAGUAGGCGAAACCGAGACAACGACCCCUGUACGUUGCUGCACAAUGGGGGCAGCUGAUGGAUUAACGCGUCGUCUGGCGACAGGAGAUUUCGACGGACAGUUGCAAAUAUGGUGUGUACUCCGAUUCGAUUUGCCAUUAUCCACCACUAAAGCCCACGAGACGAUUAUAAAUGCAAUAGAUGGAUGUGGUGGUGCUACUCGACCCGGAGGAGCACGCGAAUUGGCUACUGUUAGUCGAGAUGGUAGCGUAAAAGUUUGGGAUACCAGAGACCUGGAAAAAUCCGUACUAGUAAUAAAACCUAAACCGGCUGAACAAAUGAACGAUGCCUGGGCUGUUGCAUUUGGAAAUUUUGAAAACGGAAACGAGAGACUUUUGGCAGUCGGUUUCGAUAACGGUGACUUCCAAUUGUUCGACAUUUCAACCACUCACUAUAUCUACAAAACAAAUGUUAAAUCUGGUAUUUGUGCUAUUGAUUUUUCGGGACCAACACAGCUCACACUCAGCACGUUGACCGGUAUCGUAGUCAUCGAUUUUAGCAAGGAAUUACGAGCAACAAAACUACCUGUAUAUGCCAACACUACUGUAUGGUCUACACGACAAUUACCACAAAGUCCAAACUAUUUCGCUGCAGCCGCUGGUGAUGGCACGGUCAGUCUGUGGAGUUACGAUAACUUAAAAAAAACAUCCUCAGUGCUAUCAGCAUCCAAACAUCCAAUAAUUUCGAGCGAUUGGAGCAGAGACAAGAAGGGACUCUUGGCUUAUUGUUCCUUUGAUCAAACACUUCGAGUCGGUUUCGCAAAAGGUGUAUAAAUACAUGUGUACAUAUAAAGUUGGAAAAAACAAUGUAAAUACUUUUUCCCUUUAUACAAAUAUGCUCAUAAUAUCAAAAGGUAUAACACCAUUACGAAAAAAAGAGAAAACUUUUACAAACAACAAAAAAAAAGAGGUGAUGGAAUGCAUGGGUGAGUGGGAGAAAUGAAGGAAGGAGGAACGGGGUCAUGGUUAUGGAUCUACUUGCUACGUCGUGCUUUCCAUUUGUAGACUGCCAAACCGUUCUUAUCCACACCGACUUUCUUUUUGUCACCUUUAGCCUACAUGAUGUCGCAUUUGAUGAUAAUAAAAGGGCUCAGUAAGUGCAUCUAUCCUGGAUACGACAUGCGAUAUGCUCCUCUUCUAUUGCUAGUUCUUUAAUUACCUGCAUU